CUGGGUCACACUUGUCUUUUCUGGUCUAUGUAUCUUAACUAGUGUAAAGCUCCCAGUAAGAGGCCCAGUGUUCCCAACAACUGCGUUUAUCCCAGAAUGACGUCCCUGUUAAGUGGCUUCCUCCCACAGCUGGUUUACAUCCUGCUUCAGCUUCUCCGCUGGCGGCGGUAGGACCAGUCCCGCCCCUACCGGGCCAAAGUGCUGUCAAGACACCGGUCCGACUCGCUCCUGAAAACACACCCAUACACACACAUUUCUCACACUCGUGUAAUUCUCUUUAUCUAGUGUUAAAUGAUAUAAAGAUAAAUAGCCUGUAUUUGUAUAGCGCCUUUAUAGGUUCCUACAACCUCCCAAGGCGCUUCACAACACAAUCAUUCACCCAUUCACACGCUGAUGGCGAUGAGCUACAAUGUAGUCAACUGUCCUAGGGUGCACUGAUGGAGGCGAGGCCUGCCGAACACUGGCGCCACUGGUAGCUACACCCUCCACCAGCAGGUUAAGUAUCUUGCUCAAGGACACAUCAGCAUUCUCUCAAAUCAUGCCAAGAGUCAUCUCAAGGCAAUUCACUAAGUAAACAUCGCAAUUGAGUUCAGUUCAUUAUGCCAGUUAGUCACGUUUUCUAUAGAAGGAAACCCAGCAGAUUGCAUUGAGUCACUGUUGUGUCAGAAACUUUACAUCAAUCCCCAAACUAGGCAAGCAUGCAACAGGAAGAAGCAGUGGUCCCCAACCUUUUUUGCACCAGGGACCGGUUUCGCAUCAGGCAAUAUUUUCACGGACCAGUCUUAAACAUGUAGCAGAUAAAUACAAGAAUUUAAUAUCAUAUGACCAGCAUAAAGACUGUUUUUUUUAAAUGCAACAAUGAAUCCAGUGUGCACUUGUAACCUCAUCAGCAUGAACACACACUGCCAUCUACUUAACGGUUAUAAGUUUUAACCAGUUAAGUUUUAACCAACAUUGCAUUUCCACUCUCCCUAAUGGCCUUGGUUUAUAUGGCAAUUUAAAAACAUGCUUUCAAGGUAAGAUUCACCAAAACAAUUAUAAAGUGAUUGAAAAGUACAACUCACCAAGGCUGCGUCAAUGGGAGCCUUGAGCUUGUUUCUGUGUGACGAGACGGUCCCAUCUAGGAGUAAUGGGAGAUAGUGAAACCCGAAGUGUGUUGCUUAUGUCCAGUUUAUUCCGUAAUUUGGUUUUAGUUGCUGUCAUUGCAGAAAACCCUGUUUCACACAGGUAGGAUGUUGGAAAUGGUAACAGGUUUUCAAUGCUGUUGUGGCGAUUUCAGGGUAUUCCGCCAUGACUUUAAUCCAAAAAACUGGCAGAGCUGUUGUCUCAAACAUUCUUUUCAGUCUGCCAUCAUAUGUGACCUCCAGCAAUUGAUCAUCUUCUUGCACAGAGAGGCUUGAUUCAUCUGGUUUGUUGACAAACGGGUCACAAACCCAUUCCUUGGUCAUGCGUGGGUCUUUUGUGGUUGGAAAGUAGCGAUCAAACUCUUUUAAAAGCACAGACAGGUGAUCCUGCAUCAGCUGGGAGCAUGACUGCUCAGGCUCAGUCUCUUGCAAUAGUCCUGAUAAUGUUGGAAACACAUAAAAUAUCCCCCUGUUCACUCGCCGUCCUCACAGAUCCAGUUUUGCUUUAAACACAGCUACUUUAUCUGCCAACUUGAAGACGGUUGUCAUUUUCCCUUGAAGUGAUAGAUUUAGUUAAUUGAGAGAGCUGAAUAUGUCGCACAAGUAAGCAAAUUUUGCAACCCAUUGCUCAUCACUGAAAUGCACUGCUAGCGGUGACUUUUUUCUGAGAGAAAUUUCUGCAGCGGCUCUCGUUAUUCAAACACUGGUCAGCGAUCUCCCUCGGAAUAACCAUCUUAUUUCUGUGUAUAAAAGAAGGUGUCUGUGCUCUGCGUCCAUUUCCUCACAAAGCUGCUCGAACAGGUGACGUUACCGGUCUGUGACCCGGGGGUUGGGGACCUCUGCUCCAGAGGAUCCAAGAUAUUACUAAAGACUACAUUAAGGCUGUCAUUUUCAAUGUCCAUAUGAAUGUUAACAUCCCCCACUACAAUGACCUUACCAGUAUUUAGCACCAAAUCAGAUAAAAAAUCUGAGAUUUGAUCCAAAAACUCAGAGUGGACGAUACAAAACUACAAACGAGUGGUUUUACAGUUUUUCAAUCUGGAUUAGGGCUGCAGCUAUCAAAUAUUUUUGUAAUCGAGUACUCUUUCGAAUCUUUUAUCAAUUAAUCGAGUACUCUAAUAAAUUUGUCUUUUUUUGUUUGUAAACCAUUAUAUCAAAUAGCAUGUUAUAAAAUAUGAAAUACCUCUUAAAAGAGCAAGCAAUUGCCAGUUAUUCUUCCAAGUUUUAUUCAAAAUUAGUUUUCAAAACUUAAGCACUUCAGCUUUACUUCACAGUAAACAAAUGCGAGCGGCUGCGGCCCAAACAGCACCAGAACCGCUCACAGCUCAUGCACAAACAUGGCUCACCAGCUGUUUCCCUAUUGACACACGUUCAUUUUAAUUUCUACACUUUCUUCUCACAAUAACAAGGAUUGUCGAAAAAGCAUGUUUGCUGUGGUUAUGUCAAAUUAUACUGAUCACAAAACAUUUAUUUCCUUUCUUUUGUUUUCCUCCGUCACUCAUAAACACCGGUGUCCUCCUGCAGCAAACCCGAGGGACAACAGACAUCAAUAACACAGUAAAAGGUCCGACGUGUUGUGUAAAAACUACCAUUUUUAGCACAUUUUAAGUCCGACGUGUUGCUACCAAAUGCACAGUGUGAGCUGAAACUUGAGUGCUACAAAUGAAAAAGUUGCACAGUGUCCGCAGAAUAUAUAGAAAUACUGGCUAAAAUGCAUUAUCUUGUAGAGGCUCCGAGUCCGCUUGCAGAAGUGACAUUUACAUGUGGAUGUCAGGUGCUGCAGUGUCGAGGAUGUGGUGUUGUGGUAGGCUAAAUCCAUUUUACAGUAUUUACACUGGACUACGUUUUCCGCCUUGGUCCCACACCUUUGACAUUUUCUGUCUUUUUCGCACUCCACCGGGGUCCACGUUGUCCUCCAUGGUUUAAGAGAAGGUUAAGUUACAUUUGCAACUCACGUGUGCAUUCAGUGCAGUGUGUAUGUGCGUCACUUAUUUUGGUCCAGGUGAAACAUGACCCUGGGCGAUUGCAAAGGCAUGAAGUAAUCAAACAUGAAUUAAUCAAACAUGAAUGAAACGAAGCCUCCGAGGCAGAGAUUUUGACUUGGAGCUUUUUGUACUCGAAUUAUUCAAGGUACUCGAGGAAUCGUUUCAGCCCUAAUCUGGAUUAAGAAAUUUAAGAAUAAGAUGUUCAAAAGAACUGUAACUAUUAAUUGGUAAGGGAUUGUUUAAUAAGUCUGAAUGAAAAAUGGUUGCUACUCCUCCUCCUCGCCUUGUACUUGGAGCAAUAUGAUGAUUUAAAUAAUUUGAAGUAGUCGACUUAUUUAAGCUAACAUAGUCCUCUUGCUGCAGCCAGGAUUCUGUGAGAGAGAUUAUAGAAAUCUGAUUAUCACAAUUCAAGUCAUUAACUAACAACGUCCUAGAAGAAAUAGAUCUAAUGUUCAACAACCCACAUUUAAUUUUUCUAGUUUUCUGCUCAGUUGAAUUUGUUCUAAUAUUUAUGAGAUUUCCAUGAUUUGCUUUAUUAAGCCUGAUAUUAAAUCUGUGUGGUCUUGGCCGUGGGCAGGACACUGUCUCAAUGGGUUAGUGGGUGGGUAACUGUUCAGAAGCUGCAGCUGGGUGUGUUAAACUACGACUCUGCUUCCUGGUCUGGACCCAGGGUAGUCAUGGAGGACUAAUAAAACUGGCCAUGUUCCUAGAAAGAAGAGCUGCUCAAUCCAAAGAGGAAUGGAUGCCGUCUCCGCAUCAGACCAGGUUUUCCCCAAAAAGUUUUCCAAUUAUCAAUGUAGCUCACGUUGUUUUCAGGACACCACCUAGACAACCAGUGGUUGAAGGACAGCAUGCGGCUAAACAUGUCGUCACAGGUCCGAUCAGGCAUGGGGCUUGAGAAAAUGACUGAGUCCAACAUUGUUUUGGCAAACUUACACACCAAAGCAACAUUAAUAUUCGUGACCUGUGAUUGGUGUAACCGGGUGUCGUUACAGUCAGCGUGAAUAACAAUCUUACUGUAUUUAUGCUUAUCCUUAGCCAGCAGUUUAAGGUAAGAUUUAAUGUUGCCCGCUCUGGCUCCAGUUAAACACAUUUAACUAUGGUUUGUGGAGUCUCUAAUGCUGGAGUCUCUAAUACCACUUUUCUGACUAUGUAGCUGCCAAUGAUCACUGUCUGCUUGUCAGUGGGUGCAGAGCUACUUAGCCCCGCGCUAGCUAAGUACCUACAGCUAUCUACGGGCUUUUCAACAGCGCAUUGCCAGGCCUCCAAUUCCGACACCUGCGCCUCCAAAACUACAAAAAUGCCACAUUUAUUACACGUACCAUUAUCACUAAAGGAGACUGAGGAGUAACUAAACAUCUGACACAGAGAGCAAGAGAUAGGAGACAGAAGCAGAGACAGAAGUAGCCAUAGCCCUGCUGAGGCUAAGCUAACUGGACGAGCAACUCGUUCAACACCAAAUAAACUGCGUGCAAACUCAAAUGGUUCCCUAAAAGCUAGGUGGAACAACAGAAAUGUGUGUUUCAGCUUGCUUGUGUGCUGCAAUAACUCAGAGAUAUCGGAGUACAGAGAAAUGUUAUUAAUUUUAGCGAGCCACAAACUCCGAACGCGCCGGUAAUGAAACGAGACCGUGGUCUGCUGCUAAAAUAUGAAAUAAAACAACAAAAUUGUGUGGCUGAAAUGUCAGACUCUUGUUAUAAAAGGCUCAAUAGGGAGCCUAAGUCUCAGCCCUUUCCGGUCGGCUCAUGGGUCACCGGAAGAACGAAAAAAAUGAAUUCUAGUCAACGGGGCUGAAAGAGUUAUUUUCUAAUCCGCCUUGCCUCCCGCCCUUGAUCACACAUAUAUUGUAUUUAUAUUUAAAUGAAAAGUAAUGAUGGGUGUUUUGACCACGCCAGUCACAUGAUUUAAGAUUUAUCAGCUUGUAAAAGUUUGCUGUUAGCAUGACUACAAAUCAUGUACAACGCAUAUAUGGCGUCACCGAAGGAUCUCCUCCCCCUGGCGUAGUAGCCUAAGGCGAGAGGCCCAGACUUCCCUCUCCCCAGCCUAUUGGGCCAGCUCCUCCGGGGGAAUCCCAAGGCGUUCCCUGGCCAGGUGAGAGACAUAGUCCCUCCACCGUGUCCUGGGUCUACUUUUAGGUCUCCUCCCGGUUGGACGUGCCCAGAAAAACCUCACCAGGGAGGCGUCAAGGACACAUCCUGACAAGAUGCCCGAGCCACCUCAACUGGCUCCUAUUGAUGUGGAGGAGCAGCGGGUCUACUCCGAACCCCUCCCGGAUGACCGAGCUUCUCACCCCAUCUCUAAGAGAGUCCAGCCACUCUUCGGAGAAAACUCAUUUCGGCCGCUUGUAUCCGCAAUCUCGUUCUUUCGGUCACACCCAAAGCUCAAUUUGCUGGGUUCCUUAUAUAGGAAACAUUAUUUCUGAAUGGCUUAAUGAACUGUGAAUUGGAAUGUUUAUUAUGUGAAUUGCCUUGAGACGACUCUUGUCGUGAUUUGGCGCUAUAUAAAUAAACUUGAAUUGAAUUGAAAAUUGAAUUAAGCAGGCAGUAUCUCGAUCUCACAGUCAAUAAAGUUUUUAAAAAAGUAUUCCCCUGGGAAUUUCCUAGAAUUUCACUUGCUGAGGACGUAGCGUGACCAAAGAUGUUUGAGGGUGUUUCUGUGUGUGAAUGACAGAACAGACACGAGCACCUGGGUACGCACAGGUUUGAUUUAUCAUCAGACGAGUGGAGGAGCGCGCGUACGACCAGGUUUUUGACGAAUACAGGCGUACAGGACAGUUUCUAAAAACAUUUGAUCAACGAGGGCCCAGGCUUUAAAGCAGAUAUUCAUCUUAAGUUAGAUUUAAUGGAAUUACUUCAUCUGUCAGCCAUCUUUAUAUCAAAUUUACAGCAAUCCAGGAGGCACAAAUCAGGAUUUCAGCUUUAAAAGGUUCUUGACCUGAACUUUAGCUUUUUGUCACAAACUGAUUGUGUGACCUUAAGUGUCUGGAAGGGUAUAUUUUAUCUUCAUGGCUCCUUUAACAGCAAAACUAAAGUUCUGGAAGCAGCUGCUGAGUCAGCAGAGCUCUAAACUUCUGCAGUCGGACCAGAACCUCUAGCCUCAGAGUGAAACUGUUUCCUGUGCGUGUGCUGGUGAGGUUCGGCUGUGGCAGCUCUGAGGAAACUUGAUGCUGUUGUUCAUGAUGCAGAUGUUUAAGCCUCUUCUGCUCAUCCAGCUGCUGUUGCAGUUUGAUAAAGAGCAUGUGAUCGUCAUGAAGCAACCGUGGGUGAUGGUUUUGUUUCUGGGUGACGCGUCUGUGGAGCUGGACGAUUCUUGCUGAGGAGGAACUUUGUCAUUUCCCUCUGGUUCCUCUUGGCUGUCUGUCUGAAGCUGUAAAGCAGGAAGCAUCUGCUUGCUCCACCAGCCUUCCUUCUGAAGUCCAGGAAGGGUCGCUACUGCAUAGUAAAGUUCUGUUGGUGUAAAGAAGAGAAAACCCUCCAGUCUCCCCAAACAGCUGUUGGAUAAUUUAAUGACGAUAUUUGCUGAGUGUUGCUUGGAUAACUGCCCGUGCUACAGCAGCCCCCCGAUGCGACAGAUGCCUGAUAACUACCCACUUCCACCUGCAGGGACAAGUCAAAUACGAGUCUCUGACUCUAUAAAAACAGGAAGACCUGAUCGGCCGUUCCGCUUCCUGUGUUUGCAGUUUCACGAGGUUAGGCCUUGUUAGCUACUUUCACCUGCACGUUGACUUGACCUGGUGGGUGGGGGGUGGGGCCUCACAAGUGUGUUCACGAGUCUCUGUUCCGUUACAGACCGGAGACGUGCAUCCAGUCCAGAAUCAGGGUCUCCCUGACCUGGACCAACGUAAAUACAGUUCAUGUGCUGUCAGCUGAUGCGUUCCUGCCUCGGUCUGGGAACUCGCGUGCUGAGGAUGUAGCGUGACCAAAGAUGGUUAGUUGAGGGUGUUUCUGUAUGUGAACGACUGAGAAAGGACGCAAGCGCCUGGCUAGCACAGGUGGGACUCAUCAUCAGAUGAGCGCAGAAGGACAUCUGUGUUUGUGGCCCUGAAACAUGAGAUUUGUAAGCAGCGUUAUAAAUGCCAAACAGAUUUAAUAAUGCUGCAGUGGUCUGCUGUAAGAGUCCUGCUCAGAGUAGCUUUUCCUCAUGGUGGGCGUAUUUAAACCCACUACUAUGAUUAACUGUUCUAAUUGGGUUUAAAUGAAUAGUUCAGGACUUUUUAAUGGGAAUUCCCUCAUUUAUUCAAAUUUUACAGCCAUAAUUGUGUCUUAUUUAACUUCUGAAGGACUUCACUUUUGAUUUUGAGUCAGAUUUUACAUGAAUAACAUUUAAUGUCCUUGUUUUAGCCUCAGCAGACCUCUAUAGCAAGGAUUAUCAACUCCCUUCCCGAGGGCAGGUAAUCCAGAAUGUUUUAGUUGUUUCCCUGCUCCAGCUCACUUAAAUCACCUAUUCAGCUCAUCAAGCUCUGCAGGAACCUGUUAGUCACCUGCUGGUAAAAAUCAGAUGUGUUGAAGCAGGAAAACAACAAAAACAUGCUGGAUACCCGCCCUCAGGGAAGAGAGUUGAUGACCUCUGAUCUAUAAGAAAGAUUCAUUCGAUUUAGAACAUCUGCACCUCUUGGCCAAUCAGAAGCCAGAAUUUUUAUCUCUAACUUCACUUGUGUGUCUUUGUGUGUGUGUGUAUGAACACGUGUGUUUGUUUGUGUGUGUGUGUGUCUCUCUUUUCUCAAUCCCCAGUCGCUCUCCACUGUCGCUGCAUGCUUGCUUAGUAAGAGGAUUGCUGUAAAGACUCUGACACUAGUCAGUGACUCGAUGCAACCUGCUGGGUUCCUCAUAUGGGAAACUUUUUACUGAUUGUCUUAAUGAGUUGACCUGUAUUGUUUACUGUGUGAAGGUCCUUGAGACGACUCUGGUCUGGUUUGGCGCUUUUGAAACAAACUGAGUAUCUUUUAUAUAGAAGCUGCUUUGACCGGUGGCCUUUGCUGCGCAAGAUCCCGGCCGUUGGCUCCAGGCUCACGGAUCUGGGGUUUUCCUCCCAGCUGUCUUGACAGCUGUGUCUUAUGGUGAACUAAUUAAAUCUCACUUCCAGUUCAGCCUCUCACAUUUGUGGGGUUAAGGGGGGGUUCCCAUGCCUUUUAGUCAUGCAUUCAUGGACCUGAACACUUUUUCCAGUAACAAAAUAGAUUAAAAUCAGAAGCCCUAAAAUGAUAAAAUACCACAAAACAAAUAAAAGAUGAUUACAAAUUUGGGUUGGAAAAUAAAACAACAGAUUUAGGUAAAAACGGAGUCUUCAAUCAUCACACUGAAUGGUAAAUGGCCUGUGUUUGACUUGUCACCUCCUAGAGUUCCUACAACCCCCCAAGACACUUUACAACACAAUCAUUCACCCAUCCACUCCCACAUUCUCACCCUGAUAUUGAGCUUCAUCGUAGCCACAACUGCCCUGGGGUGCUCUGACCGAGGUCAUCGUUCCUCCAACCAGCAGGCAGGGAGGGUGAAGUGUCUUGCCCAAGGACACAACAGCAGCAUGCUGGGACCCAGGAUUGAGCCUACAACCCACUCUUAACUUGAGGCUUCUCUGUGGUGUUCCUGGCUCGUACGCACAGUGGCGUUCGCUGUGCGCUCAAACGGAUGUACGUCAACAACUUGCCGGACCUGAAUGUGUACAAGAGGGAGAUCACUAUCAUGAAAGAGCUGUCGGGUCAUAAGAACGUGGUUCGAUACCUGGACUCCACCAUCAGCGCCGUUUCAGACAGCGUUUGGGAGGUCCUGAUUCUCAUGGAGUUCUGCAAAGCGGGUCAGGUGGUGAAGCAGAUGAAUCAGCGGUUGAAUGUGGGCUUCAGCGAGGCAGAGGUCCUCCACAUCUUCUGUGACACCUGUGAAGCCGUGGCUCGGCUACACCAAUGCAAGACGCCCAUCAUCCACCGAGACCUAAAGGUGGAGAACAUCCUCCUCAACGACCAGGGACACUAUGUGCUGUGUGACUUCGGCAGCGCCACCAACAAAGUUCUGAUGCCUCACAAAGACGGAGUGACGACUGUGGAGGAUGAAAUAAAGAAGUACACCACCCUGUCUUAUCGGGCUCCUGAGAUGAUCAACCUGUACGCAGGGAAAGCCAUCACCACCAAGGCAGAUAUUUGGGCACUUGGAUGCUUGUUGUACAAGCUGUGUUUCUUCACGCUUCCAUUUGGGGAGAGUCAAGUUGCCAUAUGUGACGGAACCUUUAUCGUUCCAGAUAACUCCAAGUUCUCCCUCAAGUUGCACUGCCUAAUCCGAUAUAUGCUCGAACCAGACCAGGACAAGAGACCAGACAUUUACCAAGUCUCCUACUUUGCCUUCAGAUUAGCUGGAAAAGACUGUCCAGUACUGAACCUCGCUAACUGUCCCAUCCCAACGUCGCUCCCCGAGCCUCUAACAGCCAGCGAGGUCGCUGCUAAGAAAAGCAUGACAAAAGCCAGGAUAACGGACUCGGUGGGUCCGACUGAAACAUCGAUAGCUCCCAGGCAGAGACCCAAGGCUGCAAACCCCAACGUGCUGCCGCUGACCAACACCGUGACUCCUGUUAAAAUGAGCGUGUCUCCAGCGGCUGUCGACAGCGGCCAGAAAGCUUCCACUCCCAGCCCAGGACAGCCUUCCCUGCAGGUCCAACCCAGCAGUCAGCAGCACCGCGUCCUGCAGCAGCUGCAGCCAGGUGACCUGCGCCUGCAGCAGCUACAACAACAACAAGCUGUUCAGCAGCAACAUACAAACGCACAGCAGCUCCAAUACCUCCAGUACCAACAGGCCGUGCAGCAGGACUUGAUGCAACGACAACAGAUGAUGAUGCAGCCGAUGUAUCAGCAGCAGGUGGCCCAGGCCCAGUAUGCCGCCAUGCUGCAGCAGUACCAGCAGGCCUUUGUCCAGCAGCAGCAGCCCGUCCCCUACAUGUCCUCCCCGCUCGAGUUCCAGCUGGGUUCUUUUAAUGCUGCAGCGCCCACUCCUAGACCUGCCCAGGCGGUGGGACCUGGUCCCGCGGACCCACCCUUCACCAACACCAGAAACCCGCUGGUCACCACAGACGGGACCACCAUCACCAACCCCCCCGACAUGUCGGGCUGGAACCCCUUUGGAGAAGACAACUUCUCUAAGUUAACUGAGGAGGAGCUGAUCGAUCGGGAGUUCGACCUGCUCCGAGCAAAAAAGCCGGUGGAGAGGACAUGCAGCGUGGAGGCGGAGCUGCCCGCAGCCUCCAUCACCAAGCCCCCCCCGUUGGAGGAUCUGUUUGGCUCCGCCCCUUUUGUGGCCAACGCAGGAGCCGGCGUGAUGAAGAGUGAGCAGAACACAGAGGUUCCUGAGGGUCCGGACGCAGCCAAAGAGGCCAAGCCUUGCAGAAAAAGCAUCUCUAAACCUGGGGAAGAGUCAGAAAGUGACUUUGAGUCUGACCCACCAUCUCCGAAGAGCAGCGAGGAAGAAGAGCAGGAAGAGGAGGCCUUGAACAGUGAGCAUGGUGAGGACACGGAGCCGGAGAACCUGGGACAGCGUCCCCUGCUGAUGGACUCUGAGGAGGAGGAUGAAGAAGACAAACACAGCUCGGACUCAGACUCCGACCUCAGCCGGGUCAAGAGCCGCUCAAAGAAGCCCAGAGGAGCUACAGAAGCUGCUUCCAGGUCUCCGCAGGGCAUGAGUCUGAUCACCCCCCCUGUGUCUCCCAGCAGAGCCACUGUGUUGAAGGACGUGGAUGUCUUUGGUGCUGUUCCCUUCCUUGGAGGAAGUUCGCCUGUCGGACCCUCAGAGAGUACUGACAUCUUCUUCAAAGCACCUUUCAGGCAGGUUGGCCAUGACCAGCCGGCAGCUGAUGAUUUUGAUGUUUUUACCAAAGCACCGUUCAGCUGCAACCUCUCCAAGUCUGGAAAGAGCAGCGGCGACGUUCCCAUGGGCCAGACGCCUCCCAUGUCCCCGGACAGCAUCGAUGUCUUUGGCUUCUCCCCUUUCCACCCGGGCCCUACUGAAGCUCCUCCUACCACCUCAAAGAGCGCAGAUGACAUAUUUCGCUCAUCUUUUGAGGAUCUGGCCACUCAGCAGCAGAGGCUGAAGCAACGCAGCCUCCAGAAGUUGUCAUCACGACAACGGAAAACAAAACAGGAAGUGACUGCAGGGGGCAGCAACGGGAAGCGGCAUCACGGGACCCCAACCGGCGGACGCAAGAGCAACAAGCCGACGUACCGCACCCCAGAGAAGGUCCGGCGGCACAAGAAGGUCAGCCGCAGAGACUCUCAGAGCAGCAACGAGUUCCUGAGUGCCUCCGACUCGAAAGAGAACAUCAGCGUUGACAUCACUGUGGCUGAAGGCAAGGACAAGGCGGCGGCGGUGGACGAUCCAGUCUUAGAUCCGUUUGGGGCCAAACCGUUCCACCCCACGGAGAGCGGUAAGUCCUGGAUGGGCUCGCAUCGCAGCGGAGACAGCAGGUCCAUGGAUGAUUUUGGGGCGGUGCCUUUCACAGAACUGGUCAUCGGUAGCGGACCUCAACAGCAGCAGGUGGCGGCACCUCUAGUGGACCUUGACCCAUUUGGAGCUGCACCUUUUCCCUCCAAGCCUUAACUUGUCUUCCUGCUCAGGUAGCUGAUUAACCCGGACUUUGGUUCGGGAUCAUCUUUUUAUUCUAACAUGUUUUUAGCUUCAGCUUUACGCCUUUAGGAGCCCGAGACUGUGCUGUGAUACGUAACUGCAAAAAGCUCUUCAUGCUUCUGCUGCUUAAGCACCACGACGCCUUACCCCGCUGCACCGACCGCAGCUUUAACCACUUUAAGGGAUUUCUGUCUGCAGCUGAAUGUUUCUAGAAGGGAAUCGGGAAACUUCUGUUUGGCUCUUUUUUUUAUGAACAAAGGAAAUAAAACAUGAAGCAGAUGUCUUCAA